AUGCCUUCCUGGGUCAAUCCAUUUACGCGCCAUGACCGUCAGGAAUUUCUAGGCGUUGUGAUCCCUCUAUCGCAAGCAACCCGGUUCCAGCACUUAAACACCGUCGUCUCCGGCGACUCGGAAGUUGCUGCUGCUGGCGAUAAUAUCAAUAGCAAUAAGGAGAAUGACAAGGAGCUCGACCGCGUCGGUUCUGAAGAGAAUGGUGCUGCUGCUUCUGAUCCUGAGUAUAGCUAUCAAACUAUCGAAGCCAUUCGCGCUGAAGUGGAGAGCGAAGUGUCCACCUCUGGACAUGACACCGUGUACGACCGAAAGGCCAAGGUGGUCAACUUGGCUAUUCAAGAUAUUGGAAUGGGCCGCUACCAGUGGCAUCUUUUCAUUUUGUGUGGCUUUGGCUGGUUUGCAGACAAUCUCUGGCUACAGGGCAUCGCUUUGACCCUGAAUUCAGUCUCCCAAGAAUUCGGUGUUUCGUCGACCCAUGUUCGCUUCACGACAGCUGCCCUGUUCAUUGGUCUAUGUCUCGGUGCAUCUUUCUGGGGCAUUGCGUCCGACAUCGUGGGCCGUCGUCUGGCCUUCAACAUGACUCUUUUGAUUUGCGGCAUCUUCGGCAUCUGCCUUGCAGCGAGCCCAACGUGGAUUGGCGUCUGCGGUAUGGCUUCUGCCAUGGGUUUAGGGGUUGGAGGCAAUCUGCCAGUCGAUGGAGCGCUGUUCUUGGAAUUCUUGCCCUUUGCAUCUGCCAAUCUUCUUACUCUGCUGAGUAUCUGGUGGCCAGUUGGGCAAAUGGUGGGAAGUCUGAUUGCUUGGGGCUUCAUCCCUAAUUACAGCUGCGCCAGCGGUUUGCCAGCGUGCUCGGCCGUAGCGGCUGGCGAAGCCUGCUGUCGCAGGCAAGACAACAUGGGCUGGCGGUACUUGUGUGUCACAAUGGGUGCCCUAACUCUGGCCAUGUUCGCCUGCCGGUUCUUCUUCUUUCACCUCUACGAGUCCCCCAAGUUCCUGCUCUCUCGUGGCCGCCAGGACGAAGCCGUCCGCACCGUUCACGCUCUCGCGUACAAGAACAAGACCAAAACAUGGCUCACCGUUGACAUCCUCAAUGAAAUUGGAGGCUAUCCAAGCGAAGUCGGCGACUCGACUCUCAGCACCUUGGACAUCAUCAAGCGCGCCCUCUCCAAGUUCUCCGGCGAACGACUCGGCCCCCUUUUCCACACCAAACGUCUCGGCUUCACUACCGCCAUUCUCUGGUUCUGCUGGGCUACCAUCGGCAUGGGUUUCCCACUCUUCAACGCUUUUUUGCCUCAAUACCUCGCGCACGCAGGCUCCGACAGCUCCACCACCCCAAUCAACAUCACAUACCGCAACUACGCCAUUACCUCCAUCGUCGGUGUCCCCGGCUCGAUCAUCGGCUGCUUCACGGUGAAUAUCAAAUACAUUGGCCGCAAGGGCACCAUGGCCAUCGCCACUCUCCUCACAGGCAUCAUCCUCUUCUGCUUCACCGUCUCCAGUGACUCCAACAUCCAACUCGUCUGCAGCUCUCUAGAGGCCUUCUUCCAGAACAUCAUGUACGGCGUCCUCUACGCGUACACACCCGAGGUAUUCCCCGCGCCGAAUCGCGGUACUGGUACAGGCGUAGCUAGCUUUUUCAAUCGUCUCUGCGGCGUCAUGGCGCCCAUUGUGGCUAUAUAUGGUGCCCAAGGGAACGCAAAUGCCCCCGUCUAUGCUUCCGGUGGUCUUAUCCUAGCUGCUUUUUGUGCUAUGGUGUUUUUGCCCAUUGAGACGAGAGGGAAGCAGGCUUUGUAA